AUGGUGAAGGUCAGUGUGAACAGAUUUGGCUGUAUUGGGUGCCUGGUUAUCAGAGCUGCCAUCUGCUCUCCACUUGGCAAGGUGGAGAUUGUUGCCAUCAACCACUCCUUCAUUGACCUCAACUGCAUAGUCUACAUGUUCCAGUAUGACUUCACCCAUGGUAAAUUUAAUGGAACAGUCAAGGCUGAGAAAGGGAAGCUUGCAUCUAAGGGCCUAGUGAAGGACAUUGUGGGCUACACUAUGGACCAGGUUAUAUCCUGUGACUUCAACAGCAACUCUCACUCUUCUACCUUUGAUACUAGGACUGGCAUUGCUCUCAAUGACAACUUUGUAAAGUUCAUUUCCUGGUGUGACAAUGUAUACAGCUACAGCAACAGAAUAGUGGACCUCAUGGACUACAUGUACUCCAGGGAGUAA